AUGGACGACCUGGACCUCUCCCAGCUGCUAGAAUCGGGCGAAUACAGCGAUCUUAGGCUCGUCACCACCAAUACUGAUGAUGGAUUUGAGACCGAGCACCCCAUUCACCGCAACAUUCCUGCCUUACAGAACCAAGUCAACGGAAAUGACAUUGCCCAUCUCAACUAUAAUAGCAAAGCCCUCGGCACUAUGUUGCGGUAUUUGUACUCAGGAAAGUACGAGGUACAAUACGAGGUGGCGAUCCGGCGAGCGAGCGAGGCUGGUGGCGAUGACCGGCCCCACUCAAUGUACUGGUCCAUCCAUGCCAUGCAGCUGGCACAUGAAGUAGAUCUCUUCGGUCUCUAUAUGAAAGCGGCAUGGGCGUUGUGUAAGGCAGCAAAACAGCUCACGAACCACGUCGACUUCCCUGACAUGGUCGACGAGCUCUACGAGACGUGUGGCCAGCAUCCAGGUUUCCCCAUCCAUCUCGCAAGUAUUGCAAGAACCAUUGCAUAUAACUGUCUGAUCAGCAAUCGACUAAAACCCACCAUGCUCAAAUACCCGCAGCUUGCUCUCGACGUGAUGGAAGCAAGCUUGGACGCUCUGUCUGAGACCCAAAAAGAUCUCGUCGAGGCACAGGAGAAGAUCUCUGAUCUUCGAGCUCAAGGAUGCAGAGCUGAUUACUUUGAGUUCAAAAUUGUUCAUGGGAGCAAGAAACGGAGUCACUCCUCUUCUCAUAGCGCUGUAAAAUACCCUGCGCUAGAAGGGGAGAUCUAAUUUUGCUUGAGGACCUGGAAAGGAAGGGAGGGGGGUUGAUACAGGAGUUUAGCGGCAGGAACGUUAGGAUACUCGCCGGCGAGG